GAAGUAGUGGCAUCCUGUAAUUUAUUUUUAUUACGUUAUGUAAACAUAACGCGUUUUCGUUUCCGUACACAUAUUUCUCCUUGUAGCCUGUAUGUUUCUCCGUCGCUGGUUCGGUUGCUGCAAAGGCACGUGUACGUGCCUGUUGUUUUUUUCUGCUAGUUUCUUCCUAGUUAGCUCAACCUCUCGCGGUUCGCGAGCGGGGGUGUACGUGAUUCAUGUUUUGUGUCUUUCUUACUUUUUCCAACCUCAAAGUCACCCUCACUGCGCCCAAAGUCUUGAGCUCCAUUUGUGUAUUGGUAAACUUUUCUCGCCUGCAAGGUCACCCUUAGCAGGACAGAAGUUGUUGGCGUAGGGGCCUCCUGUUUUAGCUAUGUCUUACUUUUUCUAACUUCAACAUGGCGGCCAUGCAGUGUCAAAGGUGCCGUGUCUACGUGGUCCUCCCUUUUUGUAUGAACUACUUUGUGUGCUUUUGGUGUUGUGCUGCUUCGACUCCGACCCCGUGCGUGAACAAGCGUCCGCGAGUGCCUCGGCCGUGAGCGCCCGACGCCGUUAAAAAGAGGGCGACUGGACCCCAGCAUCAGUCCGCUCUUCGGGGGGAAAACCGCCGCCGCGUACUCCCGGGAACCCGAGCCGCCGCACCGCAUCUCCGAGACCGACCACCCGCUGCCCCGGAAGGACCGCCGCUUCGAGGGCCGCUCUACGUGUGUCGUCUCUGUGGAUGGACUGCCGCCGUGCUCCCCGGUCAACUGUAUGUUGCUUCAAUUUUGAACUUUUCCUUUCGACCGUCGCUAAUUGGACUCUUACUUUCGUCUUGAUCUUUGUACACGCGUACUUAACUGGAUGUGUAACGUACUUCUCUGUGCUUAACUCGACACGUUUGUCGCUCGUAGCAUCACUGUCUUGUAAAAUGUACGUUCUGUUACUUUAAAUUCCCGUUAUAUGUUCGUUUCGAGCCUAUAAACACUGUUUUGUUGUUGUUAACUUAUAACACGCCUCCGUCUCAUUCUCUGCGUUUGCUUACCGGCUACGCCGGGCAUCGAACGACCACCCCCUUAUUGUCAUGUCUCGGUGAUGACCUUCCGUCGUCGCCGGACUCGUGACAAUUAACUGGCGUCCGCGACAGGACGUUCGAUGCGAAGGAAACGUGGUGACUGGAGAGGGAGACGAGUUCUGGAAAUGUGCCGCGUUAUUUGAUGCGUACGGUGCAUGAACGGGAUUUCCUUUUGAAGCGCCUGUUUGGGUUGUUGAAAGUGUUUCGGAGAUAGAAGCAUGGAAAUGGAAAAGUUGCUAGCGAUGGGUAGUCAGCUUGGCCUGGCGGGCGCUGAGCUCCGAAAAUGGGUAGAAGAUAAACAGCGAGAGGAUCGAGCGUUUGCACGGCAGACAGCGGAGGAUGAGCGCACAGCCGCGAAGGAGGCUGACGAGCGUCAGAUUCAGCUUAUGCGCCUGAAAAUAGAGUGUCAGCAGCUGGAGAAGGAGACCAGAGAAAAGGAAGGGAGCCGGGGAAAAGACGCGGAGCCAAGCUUGAAACUGAACACAAGCAAGCUUCUCAUCCCGUUCGAUGACCGGAAGGAUGACCUAGACGCGUAUAUUAGACGAUUUGAGAGCCUUGCGGAAAGCCAGAAGUGGCCAGAGAGCCAGUGGUCUACAGCUCUAGCAACAUGUCUGAGCGGGGAAGCACUCAGUGUUUACGGGCGGUUGCCGCCGGGUGAUGCAGCGGAUUACUCCAAGGUAAAGACAGCCCUUUUGAAGCGGUUUCGUUUCACGGCGGACGGCUUUCGGGACAAAUUCGAUUCAGGCAAACCGGCGGAUGGUGAGACCGCAGCUCAGUUCUCGGCGCGUCUCAGCCACUAUUUCGAUCGCUGGAUCGAGCUGUCCGAUACGAAACACGAGUUCAAAGACCUCCGAGAGCUCCUGAUUAAGGAAAGGUUCCUACAUGGGUGUCAUUCCAACAUGGCGCUCUAUCUGAAGGAAAGGAAGGCGAAAUCGUUGGGAGAGAUGCUGGAUCUAGCCGACCAGUUUUUAGAAGCGCAGGGAAGCUUUAACCUCGCCAAGGUAAAGAAGGAUAACCGAGAUGAUAUCGGGAGGCCCGAAACUGACGAGAAAAGAAGCAGUCAACGAACAGCGCCUCGUUGUUAUCUGUGCAACCGCGUUGGGCAUCAGGCUUCACACUGCCGGGCCCACACCACUAACAACCACAGCCUUACCUGCUUCAAGUGCGGGCGAAAGGGCCACAAGGCCGACGCGUGCCGGUCGGGAACAAACGAUAGGCCUCAGGCAUCGUGCGUUUACUCCCCCGUCGGGGUGACGAAUCGGAAGGGCAUUCGCGACGGCUACCUAGAGCUGAAGAAUGGGGAAAGAAUCCCCGUCGUGAAUGCAGUCAUGAUAACACAGCCGAAGUUUCUAGUCGAAGGACUGCCGGUGGUCGCCGGAACGUAUGAGGGCAAAUCGAUUUCGGUAUUGCGAGACACCGGGUGCAAUACGGCGAUUAUAAGACGAGAGCUCAUCCGCGACGAUCAGCUCACAGGAGAGACCCGGCCCGUUUAUGUAGUCGACGGAACAGCCAGGAUGCUGCCCGAAGCGCGGGUGGAGAUCGACACCCCGUACUAUUCAGGGGUCAUCACGGCGCUCUGCAUGGCGGAGCCGCUCUAUGACCUAAUCCUUGGAAAUAUAAAAGGCGCGAGGGCACCCGACGACCCAAAGGCGGCAGUGGAAGAACCCAUCAGCAACGAGCCCGCUGAUGAGGAAGCUGUAGCAGCAGUGGUAACGCGCUCGCAGAUGAGGAACCAACCCCAAAGGUUCCAAACCCUCAAAGCCCCCGACGUCCCAGCACAGCCGCUAAACAGGGAUUACGCGGAUGAGCAGGAAGCGGACGAGUCGCUCAGGCCGUGCUUCUCUCAGAUUGGCCAGAUACUGACGUGCAGGGAUUCCGAAGGAAAUAUCGAAUUCCACCGGGAGGGUAGGCUACUGUACCGCAGCUACACUGAGAAAACCGGACACGUGGUGCGUCAGCUGGUCGUCCCUAGGUGCCAUCGAGAAGCGGUAUUGAAAACUGCACAUGACGGAAUAAUGGCUGGUCAUUUGGGCGUGCAAAAGACGAAGGACCGAAUUUUGGAGGAAUUUUUCUGGCCGGGCAUCACCGCAGACGUGAAGAGAUUUGUCGCAUCAUGUGACAUCUGCCAGAGAACGAUCCCAAAGGGCAGAGUAACCCGUGUGCCGCUGGGGAAGGCGCCGCUCAUUGAAACCCCAUUCAAAAGAGUGGCCAUAGACAUCGUGGGUCCAAUUCAGCCCCUUUCCAAGCAUGGAAAUCGGUAUAUCCUGACCCUAAUGGAUUACGCGACCCGAUACCCGGAGGCCGUGGCGCUGCCGAGUAUUGAGACGGAGAGGGUCGCUGAGGCGCUAGUAGAAAUGUUCUCUCGAUUUGGCGUCCCGAACGAAGUCCUAAGCGACCGGGGCACCAAUUUUACUUCCGAUUUGAUGAAGGAGGUUGCCCGACUUCUCUCCAUACGCCAGCUGCAUACAACGCCGUACCACUCUAUGGCAAAUGGGAUGGUCGAGAAAUUCAAUGGCACCCUGAAAUUGAUGUUAAAGAGAAUGUGCGCCGAAAAACCGAGAGACUGGGACCGCUACCUGGCGCCGUUGCUCUUCGCGUACAGGGAGGUCCCCCAGGCAAGUUUGGGCUUCUCGCCCUUUGAGCUGUUGUAUGGGCGACAUGUGAGGGGACCCCUGGCCAUUCUGAAGGAGCUGUGGACGAACCACCACCUCGACGAGGAGGAGAAGACAACCUAUCACCACGUUUUUGACCUCCGAAAUCGGCUGGAAGAGACAUGCAAGCUAGCGCACGAGGAGCUCGCGAAGGCCGGAGCACGCUACGCUAGGAUGUACAACCGGAAAACUAAAGAAAGGUUCUUCCAACCAGGAAACAAAGUGCUGAUUCUGCUGCCUACCGAUAAGAACAAGCUACUGCUUCAGUGGAAAGGGCCUUUCGAGGUCAAGGAGAAGAAGGGAGAGGCCGACUACAUCAUCGAGACAGCAGGGGGGAGAAAGAUUUUUCAUGCUAACAUGCUGAAAAAAUACGAAGAGCGGGGAAGCCAACCGGUGGAAAGGGUGUGCCAGGCGAUCUGCGGCGUCACAGACUCGGACAGCGAUGGAGCCAUUCCUGUCCCAGCGUUUCGGCAAUCCGAGGACGAGCGAGAUGUGAGGCUCUCUGAUUGUUUGGGGGCGGAUCGGCAGAAACAGCUCCGAGAUGUGAUUUCAGAACACUCGUGCAUUUUCUCCGACGUCCCGGGCAAGACGGACUGGGCCGAGUGCCGGUUAGAGCUCACUACCGACACUCCGGUCCACGUAAAGCAGUAUCCGCUUCCAUUUGCGACGAGAGAGGGCGUAGAAAGAGAGGUGCAGGAGAUGGAGCGACUCGGAAUAAUUGAGAAAUCUCAGUCGCCCUACAACGCUCCAGUCCUUUUGGUCAAGAAACCGGACGGCACGAACCGCCUGUGCAUUGAUUUCCGGCGCCUGAACGACGUGUUGGUUGCCGAUUCGGAGCCCAUGCCCCGAGCUGACGCGGUCUUCGCUGCGGCUGGAGAGAAGAAAUACUUCUCGAAAGUAGACUUCGUCAAAGGCUAUUGGCAAAUUCCAUUGAGCGAAGAGUCCAAGCCCAAAACCGCAUUUUCAACCACGUCGGGACUCUUCCAAUUCCGCUUCAUGCCAUUCGGCAUAAAGACAGCCCCCGCCGUAUUUUCGAAACUGAUGCACCGAGUUGUGGAGGGAAUUCCGGGAGUGCAGCACUACUACGAUGAUGUCCUAGUUGCCAAUGCUACGUGGGAGGAGCAUCUCACUUCUCUGAGCCAGCUGUUUGCAAGAAUCGAGACAGCCGGACUAACAGUGCGACCAGGCAAAUGUGAAUUUGGAAGGGAAAACAUCGAGUUCUUGGGGCAUCGCAUUGGCGGCGGUGAACUGGCACCACUCGGGAAAACACUCGACAGGAUCCAAGCGGCGCCAGCCCCGCGAACAAAGUGACAGGUACGAGCAUUUCUCGGCUUGACUGGGUAUUACCGCGCCUUCAUUCCCGACUACGCCAAAAUCAGCGAGCCGCUCACCCAGCUCACGAAAAAGGGCGGCAACAACGUCGUUAGGUGGACGUCGGCCCAUCAAGAAGCUUUCGAGGAGCUCAAACGCCGCGUCUCAAGCCCUCCAAUACUGCGACUCCCAGACUUCUCCAAUCAGUUUGUGCUGCGCACGGAUGCCUCAGAUACCAGCCUUGGAGCAGUACUAAUGCAGCGGCAUGACGGCACGCUCCACCCCGUCGCAUAUGCUAGCAGAAGGCUGCUCCCCAGGGAAGCAGCAUACAGCACCAUCGAGAGAGAGUGUUUAGCACUAGCUUGGGGGGUGCAAAAGUUCGCCACCUACCUGUACGGCGUGCAUUUCUUAGUGCAGACGGACCACCAACCGCUGAGCUACAUCCAAAAAGCGAGGCAGCUAAACAGCCGAGUCCUCCGUUGGAGCU